AUGAAUCCGAACCGCCCCGGGCAUCGGGGUGGAAGGGUUUAUAGACUGUCACAUGCCUACAAAACCAAAAACGCUGACGAUUGCAAAUCUACGGGAACUAGCCCAGUCUUACUAUGGCAGGGAAGCAGCCUACAGGAAUAUCAACCGACACCAGAUAGAGAGGUAGAGACGCGAUUGGUUGGAGCUGGACAGGGACGAAUUGCCACAAAAGGACGAGUAGAAAUCAGACCUCGCGGUAAGAAAUGGAGCACCAUAUGUGGCAACAACUGGAAUUUAAACAACGCUCACGUGAUUUGUCGCAUGUCUGGGUUUUUGAAGGCACGGGAAUUUUCUUUCGCCGAGUUUGGUGUGGGUCGGGGUAUGGUUAGGUUCGAACAUCUAAAUUGCAAAGGGGAUGAAGAGCACAUUGACGAAUGUGAACAUAGUGGGUGGAAAGCUGCUUCUUGUUCACAUGAAGAUGAUGCCUCUGUAUGGUGCGAAAGCUUUAUAUUCACUGAGGAGCCUCAGGCCAAUGACUAACAUGAGUCUUGACUCUGGUAACAAUCGGAGUGAUAUAUAUAUGUAAUUUACAUUGUAAAUAAUUGAACCAUUUUAGAAAUUUUACCUCGUUUGAGAUAAUGUAAUAAAGCCAGCUGCCAUUAGGAACACAGUGUAGCAGAAAUUUGUCCUACCUUUUCAUUUGUCUUAUCUUUUCUAGAUGUACGUUGUUGCUAACAUACUAGUCGUGGCCCUGAGGAAGGGUACAAAUGUACGCGAAUUUGCUGAUUAAAAUGCCAUGAGUAUAAAUAACAUGCUGGUAAAUACGUAAAUGGGUACAAAGUCAUUGGAGCAAAAUAAAACUAAUUAGCUGCCAUUGCAAAGAAACGUAAAACAGUAAUCUUCACUUGUUAAAACACUCAGAAUUAUCUUCUUCAUAAAACCAUUGACUUAAAUGAUCUACUGUUCUUGGUGAU